UCUCGUUUUUGUUCGUAUUUAUGGAUAACUAGAUAAAUAUCUGGAUAUCCAUGGAUAUAUUUUAUCAUUCCUGGCUAAUAAUAGUCAGCUUUGGUGUUGUCACGCAAAUUAUUACAAUAAAAAUAGAAUAGAAUUGAGAACAACAGUAGAGUUGCUAGUCUGUAGUCAAUGUGACAAGCCGAGUCUAGUCUAGAACUUGGAGUUGGAGUUGGAAGUUCUAUUCAACGUCAAGCCGGAUUUGUGCGACGCAGGCUUUUACGUUUUUGUGUUGCGUAAACAUAGCCAUAGGCAUAGGCACCUGUAGACUGUAGUGUAGACCAUAGCAUCUAUAUAACACGUCAUCAUGGUGUCUCAAACGCGAGGAAACUCCGGUGUGAAGAUAUCACAGAGUUCUUCUCGCACAAAAUUCAUGGCAAAGGCAGUUGUUCCAGCUUCACAUAGACGAGAACUCCACCAUAGAGAUGACUCCUUUAUCUUCCAGUUGGCCACACAUGUGCCUGACAUGGUAGUGUUAAGGGAUCAAAACCAACCUAUGCCCUUUAGAAAAGAGUUUAGUGGAAUCCUAAUGUUUGCUGAUGUCUCAGGCUUCACAUCGCUAACAGAGAAGUACAGUGCGAAUGCCAAAAGCGGUGCUGACCAACUAACAAAAACACUCAACGAGUAUAUUGGCGCUAUCUGUGAGGGAAUUAUAACUGCAGAUGGUGACAUUCUGAAGUUUGCAGGAGAUGCCAUCCUGGCAGUGUGGCCGUGUGAGCCAGAUGAGCUGAAGGGUGCUCUGCUGAAAGUUAUCCAUUGUUGCCUUGACAUUCAAGACAAGUAUGGGGAGUGGAAGACUGAUAUUGGAGUCAAACUUAGGGUAAAAAUGGCAAUUGCGUGUGGGGAGCUGUGUGUCAUGUUUCUUGGAAAUGACGAAUUCCAGCACUACGUGACUACAGGAAACACUGUAAAUGACGUCAACAAAACAGAGAAGUUCUGUGAGCCUGGCUGGGUUGUUCUCUCUCCAUACGCGUGGUCACUGUGCGAUGCAACGACAAUGGAGUAUCAAAUGAUGGAUGAUGAUCAGCAUGUCAGAGUUUCUGCAGUGUUCACUGAACAACCUGCUCAUUAUCUAUUAAGAAGAACCUACAGUUACUUCACAACAGUUGCAGGACUUCGCAAUGAAAGCCACACCUUUUCCGAUAUCAACAAAAACCUCACUCCGGUUAUAUUCAGCAGACCAUUCGUUACUGCUUCUCAAGAUAGCAUCGCAGAAGAACGUAAAAAGCUUAGAUUUCGUAGGUCUGUUUUUCUUGAUAGCGAGGAAAGCUUGGUGCAAGAUUUGAGAAGAUAUGUCAUUUCUCCCGUUAGGAAAAAGAUUGAUGACAACCAGCCCGUGGAGUUUCUGUCAGAGAUGAGAGAAGUCACGAUUGUGUUUAUGAAUAUGGUUUUAAAAGAGACAACUCUAAGAGAGCAAGUUUAUAUUCUGCAGAAGGCCUUUGAGGUGAUCUACCGCAAUGUUGAGCGCAAACGGGGUUGCAUGAAUAAGAUAUUCAUGUUUGACAAGGGUACAACGUUUCUGGUUAUCUUUGGACUGCCUGGCUACAAGGAAGAAGAUGAGACAGCCAAUGCGCUUCAGGCAGCGUAUCGUAUGACGAAUGAGCUCAAUGCAACGAAUGGAAUUCUGAGAACUUCCAUUGGUGUUACUGUGGGAUCUACAUUUUGUGGUGUGGUUGGACACAGGCACAGGCAUGAAUAUACAGUUAUUGGAAGUAACGUGAACAAGGCAGCACGUCUGAUGAUGUACUACCCAGGCAGGGUAACAUGCGAUGAAGCUAUCCGGACUGCCUCCAGAAUGCCACCGUACCACUUUCUUGAAAUGGAGAAGUUGACGCUUAAGGGAAUAGCUAAUUCUGGCACCAUCUAUGAGUACACAGAGAACGUGUCUGUCCCCGAAGGAUAUGCGAUGAAGGGCAAGCAUGAUUCCAGUGACCAGCGAGCAAACCUAUCUUCCAGGGACUUUGAAUACCCCUUGGUUGGGAGGCAGAAGGAGAUAGGCAUCAUCAUGGAUGAGCUCUGUCUCAUGAAAAGUACUGAUAGCAGCGUGAAUCGGCAGCAGUUAGUCGUGUUCCACGGGGACCCAGGCAUCGGUAAGACACGUCUAAUGAGAGCAAUCAUGGACAAAGCAGAAGACGAAGGGAUAAGGGUAAUUGACUGCGCAGUGUCAUCCAACGACACAUCACACUACUUUGCAAUUAAGACUCUCGUAUCACUGAUGCUGGACCCGGAAGACAGAAUGAGUCAACAUGAAAAAGAAGGCGUUCUCAUGAACAGGCUGCGAGACAACCAGGAACUAGUCGACAGCCUCUGUCUACUGAAUGAUGUCCUUAACUUUCGUUUUCCCACGUCUGCUGGUUUGCCGAAGAUUGAUUCUGCCACCAGAACGAAAGAAGUGCAUAAAAUUCUACAACAGAUUGUCCACGUGGUUGCUCGCGACCAACCCCUCCUGUUCACCGUCGACGACGCUCACUUCAUGGACGCCGAGUCGUGGGAGUUUCUCGACGACCUCGGCUGCGACAGCGCCGCGUUGUGCUGCGUGACAAUGCGGUCGCUGAGCGAUGGCACCGGGCUGCCGGAAGCCGCCCACCACGCGCUGAACGACGCGAGCACGCUGGCGGUGGCUGUCGGAGGGCUGGAGCUGGACGUGAUAAACGCGCUCGCGUGUCAGAUGCUGGACGUCAGCGCCGUGCCGCCGCAGAUCGUCACUCUAAUGAAGGAGAAGAGUCAUGGAGUGCCCAGCUGGUGUGACCAGCUGUUGAGGGAUAUGUAUGUGAGUGGCAAGCUGCUCAUUGUGAAACGCACUGACAACAUGCAGCCUGGCGUUGCUGAGGAGAGCCUAACACGCAAACGACAGACACGCAGAGCCAGCAUUGCUCCAACCAGCUUAAAGCUAGGGGUCACCCCUGUUGAAGAAAACAGUGUGGAGGUGCGCAAGGCAGAAGACUAUGUGUGUGUCAUAGCGCCCGGGGUGGCUCUGGAGCAGAUUCAGAUGCCUGACUCCAUGAAAGGCAUGCUACUAGCCAGCAAAAAUGGCACUCGAUUGAAAGCCAUUCGACCGAGGCCUGCGGAGGUGGAAAUGAGUGCGGUCCGUGCAUUGGCAUGUCGUUCACCACGCCGAUACAUACUUGAGCGCAUCAUAGCCUCGAUGCGAAAGCCCGCCCGGCAAGAUAGUGCUGCCCUCCAGCGUCUCAUGGAGAGAAACAAGACACUGGAGUGUGCGAAUAUUGCUCUAGCACCCAAGGAUAAUGCAGCUAGCUAUGUUACUGGACAAGGAGCUGCUCUGGUCAUUUGUGGCACAACAGACAAAGCCAACGGCCUCGCUGAUGCGGUUCAUCAGCUCUAUGUCGCUGUCUUCAGGUUCAAGACAGCACUGAUGCAUGAGACGGCCUAUGAGGUACUGCUGGAGAACCAGCGCAUCGAGCUUCACGUCACCUGCGCUCGCUUUCUCGAGAACCAGACCUACAGGUGCCUGCCAUGCGGCGGCAGCGACUUUGUACCAGCCACCCACCUGCAGAGCACCACCACUGGCAAGUCCCUGCGCCCAAAGAGCGGAAGACCGAUAGGGACUCACCGAGUUAGUGGUCGUGCCGCCGGCGGCAACAGCCACAUGCCGAAUGGCCCGAGGCCCAAGAAGCAGCAAAAUGUCACGUUUGCUACCGAGAGAGAAGUGAUCGCGGCCAGUGGAGAGGUCUUGACAUCACCAGAAGUUCAGCAAGACAGCGAUUCCAGUGCAGUUCCCACUUUUUCCUGGCUGCUGAAGUUGUUCAGAAACCCAAAUCCUGGUGCGAAGCCAUUUGGGUCUGACGAGAACCUCGCUGAGAAUGAUGACAACGAAGAAGAGGAUGUGGAUGAGCAAAACACUGAUGCAGUCAGAGGCCUGAGGAGGAGGUCGUCUUUUGGAGGAGCACUAGGAGAGGAUUCUGCCUUCGAGACAGAGGAUGUUGACUUAAGAAACUGCCAGUGCAACGAGGUUUUGGCAUAUGUCUACCCACAGUUGGUGAGGCACUGGCGGGCGGCCGGUCGCAGCGGUAAAACUGUGCACGCUCUGACUGAGGCUGGAGCUGCCGGCAUCGCCACCGGUGCCUGUGCGCAGGCGCUUUCCCAUCUCUAUGAAGCAGAUCAGCUCAUUAAGGACAAUGUUGCCCAGAAGAAUGCUGAGGAGGAGGCAAAAUGGACCGCGCUCGAGGAGGGUAAGGAGAUAGUGGAGGAGAAUCUACUGUUGAAGAAGCCUCUUGAUGACAUAGCCAUCACAGUUCUGAGCGAAGGCAGAGUGCAGAGUCUUAUUGGACAGGCUUUGCUGGACAGUGGGAGGCACGACGAGGCAGAGGGGCACUUCCUAGCAUCGUUGAAGGCACUGGGCUGUCCCCAGCCAACGAGUAUGGCCAGCACUCUGGCAAAGAUUGUUAGUGAGCUGAUUAGGCAGUACCUGCAUCGGGAAUACCUGGGGAAGUUCUUUUCCACCUGCAGUACCUACAACUAUGACUACCUGGUCGAACACACCCGCUGCCUGUCGAACCUGUGGCAGGUGUACGAACAGCAGAACAGGAAGCAGAGAUGCUACUUAGCAGCACUGCAGGCUGUCAACAUCGCUGAAGAGGUCGGCAAGGAUUUUCACCAGUUGAUAAUUGCCUACACUUUAAUGAUGGUGACAUGCAGCAGCAGGUGUGAGCAUGAGAAAGUGGAGUUAUACGAAGGAUUGGCUAUGAAGAGGUGUUAUGUGCUACAAGACACACUGGAGGCAGACGACAUGGCAACAGUUGCCCAUAUGUUCAGUGAGAGUUUAGAAGCUAGCCUUAUGACUGGCAGGAUUGAUCAAGCAAUCAAGUCUGGAAUGAAGGCUAAUAAGAUAACAGAUAGGCUACGAGAUAGCAUGAUGAAGCUAAGGGCUCAGCCUACACUUGCACGUUCUCUUAUUCUUGCUGGAAGGUACUCAACCUGCGUAGACAUCCUUCACGGACUGCUGUAUGCUGCUGGCAAUGCAGGGGACACCACUGGCCAAAUUUGGUACUAUGCUGGUUGCUUUGAUAUCGCCCUAGAAGCAGGGUUUCAGGUUGAAACGUUUGAUGACUGCAAGGAGUUUGUGUGCUCGUCUGUGAUUGCCGAUAUUACCUUCUCACCUUCUCCUAUACCAAAGUUCAUCCUAAUGGCAUGCAUGGCUCUCUGGUACUCACGUAAGAUGGCCUGGGACGAGGCAGAGAUAUGGUUCGUGCGUGCGUGCGAGGUGGAGCCAGAGAACCUCACAGCUGCCUACAUGGCUGUGCAUGCCUUCUCCAAGCUAGUAGAGUGUGAGCUGUUGGCACUGAGCAACGCCCUGUCUGUUAAAACAUAUAUCAAAAAAAUGAAACAGCAAGCACAGCAGGCUGUCAAGAAACUCGGCAAAAGCGGUCAAGUUUUCCCCCGUGAUCUGCCACGGAGGCUACUUCCACGCUGA